AUGGAGCUUCGGGCAGCAUUUCGUCCAUCUCGGCCCGAGGCUCAUCAACGCCGCCGCCGCUCUCGGCCGCUUGAUUCCGAAUGUCUUUAUUCCGGCGUAGUGAGGUCGAUGGCGCUGUACGGUGCCCCGAUCUGGGUCGACGCCCUCACCGCUGACAAUCGGGCCCUGCUGCGGAAGCCGCAGAGGGUCAUAGCGGUGAGAGACAUCAGAGGAUACCGUACGGUGUCGUGGACUGCGGUGACACUCCGGUGUCCGGGUCGCCGCGGUUCAGCGGAGGUCGGGCGGAUCAGGGCUCUAGCCCAGCAAGCCCUGAUCACCCGAUGGCAGGAGGAUGUGGGGUCACCCACGGUGGGCCUGGCGACAGUGGAGGCGAUCCGUCCCCACUUGAGUCGCUGGAUCGAGAGGAAGAAGGGCACACUCACCUUCAGGAUGACAGUGCAGGUACUUACCGGGCACGGAUGUUUCGGCAAGUACCUGCACGGAAUAGUGCGGCGGGAGGUGUCACCCUCCUGCUACGAGUGUGGUGCGCCAGUCGACACGGCGCACCACUCCCUGAGUGAGUGUACCGCGUGGGGGCCCCAGAGGCACACCCUGGCGGCGACUAUGGGCGGAGACCUCUCGCCGCCGAGCAUCGUCAAAGAAAUGCUCGGUAGCGAGACCUGCUGGUCGGAGAUGCGCUCCUUCUGCGAAAAUGUGAUUUCGCGGAAGGAAGCCGCGGAGCGGGAGCGGGAAGAGGAUGCCGCUUGGGUAAACCCGGCGUACCUGGGCGCACUCGGCGUCCAGGGCUCCGGGGAGUCCCAAACACCGCCCCCCACCCCCACUUUCCAUCACGUGGGGAAGCGCGUAACCCGUUUUUCCAGCGAGAAAAAAAAAAAACGGAGUUUCUCGCUAUAA